AUGGGCUACAUCCUUUCAUCUGCCGGAUUGUCCAAACUCGUUCUGGCUGCCGAUACCCCUGGCGCGAACCCCGAGCACUUGACAGAACAUUACAUCGAGCGCACAGAUCCUGAGAUUGCCGAUGGUAUCCGGUAUUUCUACUGCCAUGGUCUUGCCAUUGCACUCUUUUUCAUGGGAGUCAUAUCAGCCUGCCAUGACCACCGCCACCCAGCAACUCGACAGCUGUUUGGCAAAUCGUGCCGCAGUGACCCUUUUAUUGGUGAGAAGAAGGGAUGCUCAGUGCGGUAUAAGUGCAAGUGCAGCAAAAAGGAUCUUGAGAACGCAAACCUGGAUGAGAAGCCAAAGACUGCGACAGCAGAGGUGCUUGAACUAGGACCUAGAGAGAAAACUGCGGUGGCUGAUGUACAGGAUUGA